AUGCAUUCUCUGAAUAGGCAAAGACGCAACCUCUUCAGCGUGACUACUGGAUCUUUCAAGGUAGCUUCUCUGGCUAUCCCAAGUUGCCAUCAUAUUCAUUCUCUUCGUGGAACAACAUCAGCUCAAGCUUCAUCACCUCUUCCCACUAGGCAACCCAUAGCAGCUUCUGAGAACUAUAAACGCACAAUGGCAACCUUCCAAGAACCUACGAGGGGUGAUGCGCAAGCUCUCUUCGAAGGCGUCGAGGAGAAAUUUCCUAACAAAACAGUUGGCGACGACAUAUGGUAUCUGGUAGUUCUUUCUGCUCUCGUGGGAGUCGAGCCUGAGCAUGCUGCCCACUUAUAUACCUACCUCAUUAAGAAACCUCAAUUCUCUACAUCUGAAUCACGCCAGGCUCUCGUAAGACGUCUCCGUGAAGUUCUGGUCAAAAAUGUCUCAGUCCAAGGAGUCUGCAAGCCUUUGGAAGCUCUGUUUGCGAUUGGGAAGAUUGAGAGACCUGAGGACAAGGACUACACAUUUUCGAGAGAGAACUGGCAAGCGGGGCCCGACAACUUAGCGCGGGGAGAGAAGUGGUUGAAAACUAUCUACCAGGGAAACCUAUCCACCUCCACAGAUCCAUUCAAAGCGCACAAGGACUUUGACUUCAUCUCUCGCCAAAUAACAUACGGCUUCUAUCUUUCUGACCAUAGCAUCCUUGGGCCGAUCGAAACCGAGUUGGUUACCCUGGCGGGCAUCAUGAUUCAAAAUCUCCCCCUGGAGACGGGUUGGCAUUUGCGUGGGACAAGAAGAGUUGGUGUUAGUAUGGAUGAUGUGGAGACUAUACAGCAAUGCAUCGAGAUGGUGGCGAAUUAUGGAGGCGCCCGGAUGCACAAGGUUCCUAGAGUGAAGGACAUUGAACAUGAAGUCAAGAGCAAUGAUUAG